CACUUGCUUCACCGGUAGUUGAGUGCGCGCGCGCGUCGGAAGCGGCUGUAUGAAAUCAUCGCCUGUGGAAGACAAAACUGCACGCACGGUUUGGCGAUUUGAAGACGCGUGUGGUGUUACUGGCGGUGUGGAGGAUAAACCGGACUGCUCGAUCCGCUUCCGAGUGCGUGUGGAUCAGCAGCUGCUGGUCAGUGAUGUCAGGUGCGUGGAGACCGGAUGAAAGCGGAAUGACAGUUUCAGCCAAUCCGGCUACAGAUGUGAUGAUCGCGCUCUUCAUUUAUUAGACUAAAUGAUACAUUUGUAGUGAUGUCAUUUUAAUGUCACACUGACACUGAUGUGCUGUUACAUGGACACUGCCUACUUGAUGCUCUCGAGCUCGCCGGUAGACUUGCGCCUGUUUUUCACUCAUCAGUUUUGUUUACUGAUGUGAACUUGGAUAACUUGUAAGCAACCAGGGACCAUAUUUAGUCGUGGCGCGCGCCUUUCUAAAUAUCAUUUUGCUCAACUUAAAAUCAUAGCCCAAAGCUUUUAUUAAAAAAAAAAAAAAAUUGAUGAUCUAAUUCCGCUUCCAGCUCCUUAGAUGUUAAGUGCAGGCUACAGCUGCGGAUCUACAGCGCGUCAUGUAGCGAGACUCGGCUGUGAGUGAUGAGGUUGGAGGAGCAACAUCUGGAUACUGCGCGCUGCUGUUGCGCUGAAAGCAGAGCACCUGAUUCCUGCUGCAAGCUGAACUGAGGGAAGAAGAGGAGCAGCAUGUCCAAAGCGCUGAAGAGGAAGAAGCACUGGUCGGCCAAAGUGCGCGAGUGCGCCGUGUCGUGGGGAGGCGCGGGCGAGUUCGGCUCCGUGGUCGAGCUGCUUGGAGGAGCUGAACAUGGCCUCUUCCCCUUUCUCGGACACAUGGACCUCGACGCGCUCGUGUGUCACGUUGGCUCGCUGCCGUACUACGGGGACGUGCUGCUGGAGGUGAACGGCACGCCCGUGAGUGGCCUCACCAACCGAGACACGCACGCCGUCAUCCGCCACUUCAGAGAGCCCAUCCGCAUAAAGACCGUCAAACCAGGCAAAGUGCUAAACACAGACUUGAGGCAUUACCUCAGCUUGCAGUUCCAGAAGGGUUCACUGGACCACAAAUUGCAGCAAGUCAUCCGGGACAACCUUUACCUGCGUACUAUACCAUGUACAACCCGUGUGCCCAGAGAGGGGGAGGUUCCUGGAGUGGACUACAACUUCAUCAGUGUAAAUGACUUCAGGAUCUUGGAGGAGAAUGGUUUACUCCUGGAGAGUGGAACUUAUGAUGGAAACUACUAUGGCACACCCAAACCCCCUGCAGAGCCCAACCUGGUUCAGCCUGAUCUGGUCGACCAGGUGUUGUUUGAGGAAGAAUUUGGCACAGAAGUCCAACGCAAGCGCACCACCUCCGUCAGCAAGAUGGACCGCAACGACAGUGUUGUCCCUGAGGAGGAGGAUGAUGAAGAGCGGCCAGCGCUGCCAAACGGCCUUCCAGAGGGAAGUGAGGAGUGGAGGAGGCCGGUGCCCAGCUACACUCAGUCUAACAGCAGCAGCAGUGUUACUCGUGGAGGUGGCAGCAGCAGUAGUGAGCUUGUUCGCACCUGGAGUUCUCUCUCCAGAGAUGACAGCCUUGAACCCCUACCAUACAACUGGGAGAUGGCCUACACUGAAACGGGCAUGGUCUACUUCAUUGAUCAUAACACAAAAUCUACCACGUGGCUGGACCCUCGCCUUGUCAAGAAAGCUAAACCACCUGAAAAGUGUGAGGAUGGAGAGCUUCCAUACGGCUGGGAGGAGAUCGAGGACGCACAAUACGGCACAUACUACGUUGAUCACAUAAACCAAAGAACCCAAUUUGAGAAUCCAGUUGUAGAAGCAAAGAAGAAACUUGCACAGGAGGCUGCAGCUGCAGCACAAAGCCAAAAGGGGGCAGCACCUGCUCCAGGUGAUGAAAGGGGAACUCCAGGUUUCACUCGUGACCCCACUCAGCUGAAGGGCGAGUUAUAUCACACGGCUUUGAAAAAGAGUGCUCAGGGCUUUGGCUUCACCAUCAUUGGAGGAGACCGACCUGAUGAGUUCCUGCAGGUGAAGAAUGUCCUGGCAGAUGGACCAGCCGCACAAGACAACAAGAUGGCCUCUGGUGAUGUAAUUGUGGAGAUCAAUGGCACACUGGUUUUGGGUAAGACCCACAAUGACGUGGUGCAGAUGUUCCAGUGCAUCCCCAUCAGCCAGUAUGUGGAUAUGGUCCUGUGCCGUGGCUACUCCCUGCCCCCAGACGUGCAGGAGGACAAUGAAGACCUUCCCCCUCCUCCACCUCCUCCUCCCUCGGCUGGUGAAGUGGUAACAGCUGUACCCCUCAUCAAUGGGCAGCCGCUGCUAGUGAAGGGUGAUGCUUUGCAUGCUUCCUCCCAGGAGCUCCACUACCUCACUACCGAUGCCAGUGGGCGGCCUGUUGUGGCGGCGUUACCCAGCAUUCCCACUGGUGCCGAUGAGAGGCCUGAGGGUGGAAUGUUGCAGCCGGAGCUGGUCACUGUGCCCCUGGUGAAAGGCCCAGGAGGGUUUGGAUUUGCUAUUGCUGACAGUCCGCUGGGCCAGAAGGUGAAGAUGAUCCUGGACGCACAGUGGUGCCGUGGCCUGCUCAAGGGUGACGUCAUCAAAGAGAUCAACAGGCAGAAUGUCCAGACAUUGAGCCAUGCACAAGUGGUGGACAUCCUCAAGGAGCUGCCUGUGGGAAGUGAGGUCAACCUGCUGGUGCUGCGAGGAGGUCAGACUUCACCAAUAAAAAGUCUUAGACCUAGACAGGAAAUAAGUGCCAGCCUUGAGACUUUGGACCAAUGCCAUGAUGUCGGAGCCCCCCAAGCCCUCACAUAUUAUUCAAGCACGUUACCCAGUAGCUCUCCGAGACGAGAUGUCACCCUCCGCCAGAGCAAGCUCAAAGGCACUGCACAGGAGUCUGGACAGAGAGCAGUGCCUCAGUAUAAAGAGCUGGAUGUGUUUAUAAAGAGAGAUCAAAAGACAGGAUUUGGCUUCCGUGUGCUCGGAGGAGAAGGACCUGAACAACCAGUAUACAUAGGUGCUAUCAUAACCCAGGGUGCAGCAGAGAAAGAUGGCCGUCUGAGAGCAGGGGAUGAGCUGAUGGCCAUCGAUGGCAUCAUAGUAAGGGGCAAAUCCCAUAAGCAAGUGCUGGAUCUGAUGACCAAUGCAGCUCGCAAUGGACAGGUGCUGCUGUCUGUGCGCCGAAAGGUCAUCUACAGGGAUGUGUCUGAUGAUGAUGGGGCACGGAACCUGGCUCCAGCGCUAAUGAAUGGUUCUCCAAAAACCCCACGUGUUCAAGUCCCAAGUGUCUUGGACCAUGAAAUGAUGGAUAUUACACUCCAUCGCAAAGAUAACGAAGGCUUUGGCUUUGUCAUUCUCACUUCCAAAAGCAAACCACCACCUGGAGUGAUCCCUCAUAAGAUUGGUCGCAUCAUUGAGGGCAGUCCAGCUGAUAGAUGUGGUCUGUUAAGUGUGGGUGACCGUAUCUCUGCUGUUAAUGGCCGGUCCAUCUUCGAGCUCUCUCACAGCGACAUUGUGCAGCUUAUUAAAGAUGCCGGUAAUGCUGUCACACUCUCUGUAGUUCCUGAGGAUGAAUACAAAGGCCCGCCCUCGGCAGCCAGCUCAGCCAAACAGAGCCCAGCGCUGCAGCACAGGACACUGAAAUCCAGCACACAGGAGGAGAGGUAUAAUCUAGAUCUGGAGGAGAUCAGGGAUGAGUUGGUCUGGGCCGAAUAUAAAAUUAUUACCGAUAAUGAAAAAGAAACACUAUGUGUUACAGGCUCCAAACAGGGUUGUAUUCUUGUGGAGUUGGAGCGUGGCCCACGUGGUUUUGGCUUCAGUCUGAGGGGAGGGACAGAGUAUAACAUGGGCCUCUACAUCCUGCGAUUGGCUGAGGAUGGCCCUGCAAUUCAGGAUGGCAGGAUUCAGGUUGGCGAUCAGAUAGUAGAAAUCAAUGGGGAGCCUACGCAGGGUAUCAGUCACACCAGAGCCAUCGAACUCAUCCAGGCUGGAGGAAAUAAAGUACUGCUGCUCCUGAGACCUGGACAGGGGCUUGUGACUGACACCAGCCCUGAAGCACCAGAUCCAGUAGUCUCUUCACCUCUAAGCUCUCCAGAUGAUGUUUUCUUCACAGAGCAGCUGCCAUAUGAAGCUUCAGCCUUUUCAUUAUUCUCACCUCUUGUUCGACUUUCCUCACCCUCAUCGUCCUUAGGGAAGAGAGAGGAUAGAGACAGGAGGAACUCUUCUGCCCUCUCUCCAAACCUUGCCAAGUCCAGGUCCAGUCUUUCUCCUCGUCCAAAAGGCAUCAGCAAAAACAGGAGCCCCAAAUCUCUAGACUCUGCUUCUCCCUCAACGUUAGAACCAAUAUGUGACAAGAAAAGUAGGUCUAAAGAGUACAAUAUUGACUCUGCAAGUACAGAAAGGAAACUUAAUGGUCCAUCUAAAACCAAAGAUGAAUCUCACAACUCCCGUAGGUCCAAAGAGAAUCUACCACACUGCUCACAGGAUUCAGUGAAGUGCAAGAAGUCCAGCAAACACCAACCGAGCUGCACGAAAAGUCACAAACAGUCAAAUCAGUCAGGACAAGAAGUACUGGCCAAUGGAAAAGAAGAUUGCUCAAAGAGGUCAUUUACAAGGGAGGAAAAGAAAGUUAGUAGUGAGAGGGUAGGAAGGGAUUGUUCAAGAGGAAGGCAGAGAACCAAGAAGCGAGAGGGCAGGAACAGAAAGACUGCUGAAACAAAUGGACAAGAAGUGGUGGUGGAGGCUGGGGCAAUGCCAGAAGAAGACGUGAAGCUAAAAAGCAUGAUGAGAAGGAAAAAGCAACCACAGGACAUGGAGAAAGACCAGGACACCAGCAAAUCCAGAGUAAAAAAGAGCCAGAGUCAUCAUAAACAUGAAAAAGAGGACAAACUACAGCAAAGAAGGAGUAAAGAACUACAGAAUGGUUCAAAGAGAAAAACACAGGGUGAAGAAAGAGAUAUAGAGGUAUAUGAUAUAGUAAUACAAAAAGAGAACCAGAAUGAGGAAGAACUGACCAUUACAGAUGCGCCAGAUCAAAACGAUCACUGGACAGUACCCAGCUUUGCACGCAUUCUAACUCAUGAAGAGGUCGUGCGAGAUUUGUAUGGGUAACUGAAGCAUGCACCACACAUUGUGGAGGGAGCUGUGGUCUCUUUGCUUUUAUCAGAACACUGUUCUGCCACUUUCACACUUCAACCAUGUUUACAAAAUUGCCAUACUCUGUCUCUCCCUUCCCACAGACACUCAUCUGAAACAGUGUACAGUGGGUUUCAUUAUCCCACUAAGUCCAAAUUUCUACUUUUUAACACACAGGAUGGGUAAAAGCAGUAAAAAUAAUAGUUGCUGCUAUUCUGGUUUUAUUCCCAUGCUCUUAUUCCCAUGCUGGGGGCAGUGUUCACUGAGGAGAGGCUUAGACUAGAGCAUCUGUUCCCUAUGAAACAUCUGAUGUGACUUUCUGGUCAAGGCAACAGGACCUCAGUUCUGCUGUAAUGUUUCCACUUUGACAGCUUUGAAAAACGUGGAUUCUUGGCUGUCCAUCACAAUGCAGUUCAUUCAUAUGCAAUGAAAGGGACCAUACUUCCCUGCCAGUCACCAAAAUAACGAACAUGACUUUUAUGCUUUGAGUUUUAUUAUAUAUCCUGGAGUCAUAUUUUCCCUACUGCGAUUAUUGCCUCUAAUACUGCAUGCAAGAACUGACCUUUAUCCCUCAACUUGCUUUUGUUGCAUGCUUUUGAAAUAUGAGUUUCAACCACACUUUUAACAAAGAACUUUACAUAGAGGUUUGAGGCUGAAUUCUCUGCAGCAACUAGCUUUAAAGACUUUUUGUAGACUGUUCUCUGACACUGACAUGCCUAAAUUCUUGAUCUUCAAAUCGUAUUAUUAUUAUUAUUGCAAAAGACCAGAAACUUGUGCUUCUUUGCUAUUUCUAUGAAACCUCCAUUAGUUGUGUAUAAGCAUAGAGACAUGUAGCCAUAUCGACUCACUGAACGUGAUGUGUACAGUUACGUAAAGUAAGCACUGCAGUAGCUUUUACUUGGUAGCAACUAUUUUGACCCAUCACAUGACUAAUGGUACAUGCAAAAGUGUCUUCAAAUGUCUUGCGAUACUGGGUGUCUCAUUUCUUUGACUUUUAUUGGAUGUCUGUCUUCAAACCAAAUGUAAAUGCAGGCAGUUGAGCCCCAGAACUGAUGAAAGAAUUUCAUAUAUAAUAUAUUUUUCAGAAGAUUAUUAUGGUUCACACUUCUACAACUGUCUCACACAUCUGUGUGAAUGAUAAAUGGUUCAAUAUAUCAAAAAAAACAGUCUAUGGUAAGGUGAAAAUUUCUCAGAAUAGGAAUAUUGCAGGUAUUUUGUCCACUGAUUUAUCAUUUUCAUAAACCUGUAUUCACUUUUACUCAUAAGAAAAAUGUUGUGUAGCAUCAUCAAGGGCUGAUUUAUGAUAGUGGACUGAUGGACUCAUAAGGGGACAUGCUUCAUCAAAACCAAAGUAUUGGUGAACAUUCAGUGUGUGUGUGCUGUGUGUAUGCCGUGAUUCACCUCAGGUUGUGAACUGAUAUAGAAUAGCUAAUGGUCUUGUGUGAUAGCUUUGAUGUAUUGAAGCCAUUCAGUAGCACCAUAAGCUUUUCAGGCUGCUCUGAUCUGGAACAAAUGAUGAAUCAUUGGGCACAUCCAGAAAGCAUACAGUUCCUUUAUUCUUUUAUCAGUGACAAAUGAUCAAGAGUUGUGGUGAGAUACAAACAGGAUUGCCACCAAUUUAUGUUGGGAACAUCCAGCUGAAUUCCAGUUUGAUUGAAAAUGGACACUAAAGAAAAAUGCCCUAAGGUUUCAGCACCAUGCCAUUAACUAUGUACAACCCAGAUCUGUUAGUAAUGUUAUGGAAUGAAAUGGUGUCCUCUUACAUCAUUUCAUCACCAGGUGAUGAAAUCCGAAUGGUCUGUCUAUGUACUCCAAGAUGUAAAUGUUUAUAUAUUGUACAGCGCCUUUAUAAACGUGAUGUUGUGUGCAUUCACAUAAGAAAGAAUAGAGAUCUGUAAAUUGAUGUCAUUAUUUUUGUAUUUAAAUAUUAAAAAAAAAAAUUUAAGGUGGAUAAAAAUAAAAUAACAUACCCCUGUUCAGGUAAUGCACUGUAAAAUAAAGUCAUUUAUUCUCCAUGAAUUAUUCAUUUAGUUAAAACGUGUCAAUGUUGUUUUCUUACAGAAUAAAUUUGUGAAAUUUGUCAGUCUGUUUGAGGUGGAAUCUUACAAGGCAUGCAAUGCUUAAAACAGAUUCAGAUAAAAUAUUAAAAAUAAAUACGAAAUAUUUAAAAAAUAUUAAAUAUCUAAAGUAAAAUUCUACAUUUCCCAGCUGCUUCAGUAUUACAAAAAAGCAUGUUCUGAGUGUAGGAGAUGAAUGCUUAACAAUGCUUGACUCUUGCUGGACGCCACACACCUUUGGCCACUGAGGACACAGUAGGAAGGUAUUUUGACAUAUUCUUCUAUUAACCCUAGUUUAACAUUUUAGUUUGUAGCUUGU